AUGUCGUUAACGAAGAUUUUUUUCACCGGAGCAACUGGAUACAUCGGAGGUUCUGUUCUGACGCGCUUGCUACACCACUCCCAGAGGGAUUUCCUUGAAAUCACUGUGCUCACUCGUUCAUCUGAGAAGGCGAAGAAAUUUGAAUCGUUCGGGGUAAAGGCGGUAGUGGGGUCUUACUCAGAUCAUCACAUUCUACAAGAGCUUGCCACGGUCUCUGACGUAGUCUUUGCGUGUGCAGAUGCCGAUGACCUCGGUGCCGCUCAAGCCAUCCUCGCCGGGCUUAAGUUCCGGCAUGAGAAGACGGGCAAUAUCCCAAUUCUGAUACAUACCUCCGGAACUGGUGUUCUGAGUGACAAUGCGGAGGGACAGCGUUCCACGGAUAUUGUCUAUCAUGAUUCCGAUGUUCUGCAGAUGGCUUCGCUCGCUCCUACACAAAUCCAUCGCGACGUUGACUUGGCGAUACUCGACGCGGAUGCGGCCGGAUUCCUGAAGGCAUACAUUGUCUUGCCUUCGACUAUUUGGGGCCUAGCGACAGGUCCUCUAUUCGAUGCUGGCAUUUCCAACCCCCACUCAAUUCAAAUCCCAAGUCUCAUCAAAACAAGCCUUGCUCGCGGUGUUGCUGGUAUGGUUGGCGAAGGAAGGAACAUGUGGCCGAAUGUUUGGAUUGACGACGUCGCUGACCUGUACAUCGUGCUCUUUGAUUAUGUCGUUGCGAACCCUUCAUAUAGCGGCCAUGGAACAGAUGGCUACUACUUCGGAGCAAACGGAGAGCACGUGCUAAAAGAUGUCAGUAAGGCCAUAGGCGAAGCGCUAGUUGCUCUGGGUAAAGCAAAGACUGCGGAGCCAACGCCGUUUACCGAGGAAGAAAUCCAACAAUACUUCAAUGGGUCAAAGUACCUUGGAAGUAAUAGCCGUUGCCGAGCGGACCAUGCGAAGAGCAUCGGUUGGAAGCCACGCAAGACGACGGAGGACAUGCUUGCCAGCAUCCACGCAGAAGUAGAGAGCAUUGUGAAGGAAGGUGCAUCCUUGGAGAACAUGAAGCUCAAAUGA